ACAACACCUGGUCACCAUCAACACAACACCUGGUCACCAUCAACACAACACCUGGUCACCAUCAACACAACACCUGGUCACCAUCAACACAACACCUGGUCACCAUCAACACAAUCUACAAUCUACAUCUACUACCCACAAGUCGGAAUGCCUCCCCCUGUUGACCUGAAACUCUUGCACCCAGUAACGGGAAAGGCGGCCCGUGCGAUGGUCGAUGAUAUGGUUAAUGGAGGUGUUGCAGCCUCCAAGGAGAAGGACGCCAUGGAGGUGGAGAAUGUCUUCCGGGAAGGUGGGCUCAGGAAGAGGUCUGGUGACAGCGAAGCGGUGGAGGCCAGGGAGACGCGUGGAGGUGACGGAGACCAGGGUAGGGAGUUAGAUCAGGUGUUGCAGUGGGCGGACAGAGGCGGCGCCUACGAGAGGUUGCUGGUAUGGGCGUGGGUGGCACCCGUGUGCCUGCUGGCUCCCUGUGCCUACCUGAACAUCCUGUUGAUGAUCUACCUGCCCCCACACACCUGCGCCCUCCCACCGCCCCCACACUCACUCUCACACGACGCGUGGCAGAAUCUCUCCAUCCCAAGGGACGACUCCGGGAAGCUGAGCUCCUGCACCAUGUACGACUUCCCCGCGGCUCUGAACAGCUCCUCCUCCAGCAGCUUCAGCACCAACCAGACCCUGCAGGAGCAGACCUACCUGGCGGCCGCUUUGGCGUGGCAGCAGACCAACCAACACCCGCCUCCAGCCACACUGACCACAGAGUGUGUAUUCGGCUACGACUUCGACCGCACGCAUUUCCAGGAGACGGCGUCGACAGAGUUCGGGUGGGCUUGUGGAGGGGCGGUGGGCAUCCAGAGAGUCCUCCGCGCCUCCAUGCUCGGCAACCUCUUCGGCUGCGUCGUCUACGGCGCUCUGGCCGACAAGGUGGGGCGACGCGGCGUGUUCCUGCUGCUGGCGGUGAAGGUGGCGGUGCUGGGGUCGGUGUACGUGCUGGUGAGGGGCAUGUGGGUGGUGCUGGCACUGCGCUUCCUCAUCUCCAUGGGUCUCCCUGUCAUCUACCAGAUUGUCAUCAUCUCAGCUCUGGAACAGGUACGGGACGAGCGCCGUGGGAUGGUCACCUCUCUCUCCUCCAUCUUCUUUUCAGUGGGUCAGUGCCUGCUGGCACCCAUAGCCUGGCUGACCGGGCACUGGGUCACGCUGAGCCUCGUUACCAGCCUUCCUGCCCUCCUCGCACUCGUCUACAUCAGGGUGAUCGAGGAGUCCCCGAGGUGGCUGGUGGCGCGGGGCCGUCUGCAGGAGGCGGCGGCGGUGCUGCGGCGGGUGGCCAAGAUGAACAACCUCGCCCCAACCAGCCACGAUGUGAUGGCCAGGCUACGUAUGGCGUGUGGUCACCCUGAGGAGGACGCGCCUGCUGCUGACCGGACCAAGUGUGGGCCCCUGGGCGUCCUCUCCCUGGUGGUAUCUUACCCUCGCCUCGCCUCCAGGACCGCGCUCAUUACUGUGUGCUGGACGGUGAACCUGGUGCUGUACUUCAGCACGACGAUGAAGUACCCAUACGUGCUGGAGAACCCGUUCGUGGGCUGGUUCUGCACCUCGGCCAUGGAGGUGCCGGCCAACCUGCUGGUGCUGGUGCUGUUGCCUCGGGUGGGCCGACGGACCCUCCACGCCUCCGUCAUGGCCGUCACCGCCACGGCUCUCCUCGUGGACGCUGCCCUCCUCGCCCUCGGCUACGAGGAGCGCCACAAGGCGGUGUCGUCGCUGGUGCUGGCGGCCAAGUUCUGCUCCUCGAUGACCUUCCUGGUGACCUACCUGCAGGCCGCCGAGCUCCACCCAACACCUGUCAGGACCUGCGCCACGGGCUUCGCCUCCCUCGUCGCUCUCACCUGCAACACCUUCAGCCCCAGCAUCAUCCUCAGCAUGGCUCGCCCAUGGCACAGUUACCUCCUGCUUGGGUGUAUUGGGAUCCUGGGGGUGCUGUCCGCCUCCCUCCUGCCGGAAACCGCAGGGCGACCCCUCCCCCAGACCCUGGAGGACGCGGAGAACCUCCACAAGACGGCGCCGGUGCCCCACAAAAGCGGCCGGAAGAAGCGAGUGGAGGCCGUCGUCGUCGCCGCCACCGCCAGGGACAAUAGAGCUGCACCUCCCUUGCCGGAUAACAGUGUCGUCAUGAAGGUCCUCAACCAGGGACACCUCACUGAGACUAUUAUAUAAAUACCUUACGGGCUAUUCAUGCCCGUGUCACCUCUUUGGUGGCUUGAUCUUCAUCAAUCAGUCAAUUUUCCAAUGCGGGCGUCAGUUACAGCCCCGAUCCUGUGCCAGGUAAGUCCACUACGGGCUCACCAUAACCCGUGCUACUUGCAACUUUUGUUCCCAGUAGCUGAAUCUAAAGCAACAUAUUUCCAUGUGCAUGAGGGUGGAACGCUGGAAACAUGGAUUCAGUUAUCCAUGGGAGUAACAUAUGCGUUAUGACCCACUCACUUUGAAGCACAGGUUUUGGUAUAUAGUUUGUCUAGUAGAACACUAACAUAACACAGCCUCUUCUGGGAGUCACGGAGGCCACUUUCCACGUUGCUACACCAGUGUACCAUCAAGGGAAAACGGAAUUCACAAUAAAUCUUGUUGAAA